GGUAAAAUAGUCUCUCCGAAGUGGAAGUCUUUCAAAGGCCUGCGGCUGCUCUGGAGAGACAAAAUCCGUCUGAAUAAUGGGAUCUGGAGAGCCUGGUUCAUCCAGUGUAAGUUCACUUUUCCUCUCACUUCUCUCCUCUCCUAUCCUCUCAUUCCUGUGUAGCUCAGUUGGUAGAACAUGGCGCUUGCAAUGCCAAGGUUGUGGGUUUGAUUCCCACCGGGGGACCACUACGAAAAAGUACAAAAAUGUAUGCACUUGCUACUGUAAGUUGCUCUGGAUAAGAGUGUCUGCUAAAUGAUUAAAAUGUAAUUCCAUUCAUCCUCUCUCUCAUCUCACUCCAUUCUUUCACUCUGAGCAGCUUGCAUGUCCCACGGUUGUUUAAUCUGAUAACAGACAGGGAGAGCUUUGUCCAACAGAACUGAUACAUGGACUUGUUACUACAGUACUGUCACACAACAAAGAGAAUAGCUUGAGUGGGAUGCCUCCUACAAAAACUACUGUACAAUGUGGGCUGAAUUAAUUUUAACACGAUGCAGUGUACAGCUUCCUAUGCCAUAACAUACUAAUGAGUGUGCCAUUACUUUAUGUACAUAAUGCUGAAGCCACAUUUGGAAAGAAAACACACAAAAAAACAAAUAGAAUUGACUGAUUUAUUGAGAGAAUUGAACCAUUAAUCCAAGCCAUGAUUGAAUGAUUAGUUGUUUCUCGCCCGUCCCGUGGUACAGACGUGGAGAAGAGGAAGAACCCUGUGUGUGGGUUCGUCACCCCCCUGGAGGGCUCCGAGGCCGACGCCCAUCGCAAACCUGAAGUAGGUGACCUUUGACCCCCAAGGCCUAGUGAGGAAGUAGCCGAUAUAGUGCACUGCUUUUGAGCAGGGCCCAUAAGGCUCUCGUCAAAAGUAGUGCACUAUGUAGGGAAUAGGACUUACCCAUUUAACAUCAACUAAUAUUAACCGAGCUACUCGCUCUCACAAUAAACAAUCACUCACAAAGACAAGGGGAACAGAGGGAACACUUAUACACAUACUAAUUAGGGGAAUGAGCACCAGGUGUGUGUGAUUGACAAGACAAGACAAGUGGAGUGAUGCGAAUGGGAUCGGCAGUAGCUAGUAAGCCGGUGACGACGAACGCCGAAACCUGCCCGAACAAGGAGGGGAGGCAGCCUCGGCGGAAGUCGUGACACAGUGGCUGUACAGUAACAUGCUAUACAUUACGUCAGAGCUCAGGUUCUCCAUUUAACAGCACUGUAUAGGUUUUGACUGACAGACCUUAUAAACCUGAGCACCGCGCGCAACAAAAAGAUGCCCCCAUCCCUCCCACUAAUUGGGCUACUUUUGUUGUUGUCUGAGUAAGGUUAAAAUACCUAUUUUUCAGAGGUCGAAAAUACGUCUUAUACGGACGAUGAAAACUAUGCACUAUGUAGGGAAUAGGACAUACCCAUUUAACAUCAACUAAUAUUAACUCCUAUGUUUUUUGUUUUCUCUUGUAAGGCUAUAGUUCUAGAAGGCAGCUACUGGAAGCGUAGGAUCGAGGUAGUGAUCAGAGAAUACCACAAGUGGAGGAUCUACUACAAGAAGAGGGUGAGGGAUCAUUUUGGACAUAGAUAAGGACCUUUUGUUAUACAUAAUUUUCAUGUCAUUCCAAUUGUACUAAAUUCAGUUUCUUCUUCAUCCAUUGAAGCUUCAGAAAAACAAAGAUGGCCUUUUGUCAAUGCUACAG